CACAACAGCAUCACAACUCGCUGUACAUACCGCUACAAUGGCCUCUCUCCUCCCUAAGAAGUUUCCUACGCCCAUCGCCAAGCCCCUCGGGCCCUUCUUCGCUGCCGGUCUGGUCAUCCUCUACGGCAUCAACUCGGCCUCCAAUGCCAUGGCCAACUCCGCCGAGUACAAGAACGACCCUCGCAACCCCAAUCGCCAGGCCGCUAAGCACUAGAUUUCCGAUACUGGAGUUUGAUUGGAAUGCCAAUGUGAUGGCCAGUUGAUCGACUUCGUUAUAUCACCAUUGCCGUGAUGUUGCGAGCAGUUCCCUGUACAGACAUAGACUCUACUUGUCAUGCAAUAUAAUGAAUUGACAAGUUCUACUACCAUUCC